AUGAGAGGCGUUCCGAUCGUUCUGCUCUACGCCGCGACCUUGGCGUCCGGCGUAGUCAUUACUCCCAAACAUGUUGGUGAGCCUCGCAUUGCCGUCCGCGGCGGCAGUGGUAACCAUGGCGGUGGCCCUUGGUGGGGUAACCACGGAGGUCAGGGUGGUCACAGUAGCAGUGUUCCUCCAGUAGAGACCACUACUCCUGCGCCUGUCGAGACUCCUCCGCCCGUGGAGACCACCUCGUCCGAGACUACCUCGUCCGAGACCGAGACGCCCACUAGUUCCCCAGUCAUUCCGACAACUACUUCAGUCGUGAUUCCUACUUCCCCAGUGGUUCCGACUACUAUUCCAGUGGUGGUUCCUACUACUCCAGCCGUGACUCCUACCUCGACUUCUUAUCAGACUGGUACUCCUCCUCCAGUUGUCGUGACCACUACCUACACGACAACCACCUGUCCAGUGACAUGGAGUACCGUUACAAGCGGCACGUCAACGUACAGCCAUCCUGUGACUGCGACUAGCACGAUCACUGUGACAUCUGUUUAUACCUGCACUAAAGGGGGUUGCGCUCAGCCUACAACUACUCCCGCUCCUACAACUCCCUCUGAGACUACUCCCCCUCCGGUUAUUGUGACUACUACCUACACGACCACUACCUGCCCAGUGACAUGGAGUACUAUCACAAGCGGCACGUCGACAUACACCCAUCCUGUGACUCAGACGAGCACGAUUACCGUGACGUCUGCUAUCACCUGUACCAAGGGUUGCACUCAGCCUACAACCGCUCCUGCUUCUAGCAUUCCCUCUGAGACUGCUCCCUCUGAGACCGAAACCCCUGGUCCUCCGGUUAUCGUGACUACUACCUACACGACUACCACUUGCCCAGUGACAUGGAGUACUAUCACAAGUGGCACAUCAACAUACACCCACCCCGUGACUGCGACUAACACGAUCACCGUGACGUCUGUUGUCACCUGUACUAAGGGUUGCACUCAGCCUACAACCGCUCCCGCUUCAACCACUCCUCCCACCACACCUCUUCCUGUUUCGACCACUCCCUCUGUGACCGCUCCCUCUGAGACCGAGACCCCUGGUACCCCGGUUAUCGUGACUACUACCUACACGACUACCACUUGCCCAGUGACAUGGAGUACUAUCACAAGUGGCACAUCAACAUACACCCACCCCGUGACUGCGACUAACACGAUCACCGUGACGUCUGUUUCCACUUGCACUGAUGCUUCUACAACUCCUAUCGUGGUGAUUCCUCCGGCUACCGAGAGCAGUGUUCCGGCUACUGCGACUACUGUCCCGGCUACCGAGUCUAGUGUUCCAGCUACUGAGACUACUGUCCCGGCUACUGAGACCUCUGUCCCGGCCACCGAGACCAGUAUUCCGGCUACCGAGUCCAGUGUUCCAGCUACCCCAACCGGUGUUUCAGCUACUGGGUCUACUGCCCCGGCACAGUCGAGUUCCAUCACUUCUUCCACCUCGGCUCCCCCUGCUUCCUCCUCGCCUGUGUUCAAUAGUGCUCCAGCUCUCCAGAAGUCUGCUGUGGCCAUGAUUCCUGGCCUGGCUCUCCUGUUUGCUCUGCUCUAA